AGUUGGGAGAACCUCAGAGGUCUAUUGGAGGUCAGUGUGGGUCCUUCUAAUAGCAACUGCUGCAGCAAAAGGCCUUUCAGAUAACCGUAACUCUUCGUCUCGGGACACAGUCUCUGCCUUUCUUCAUAUACACAGGACUGUGUAUAGAGGGACUGGUCAGUGCAGACAGUCAUGCAGGCUCAGGAAGUCCUGAGACAUCUGCGGAUUCCCGAGCUGGAUGACCUCCGGCAGUAUGUCCGCGGCUUGCCCACCAACGCGCUCAUGGGCAUGGGCGCCUUCGCUGCCAUCACCACCUACUGGUUUGCUUCACGGCCAAAAGCCCUCAAAGCACCCUGCGACCUCAGUAUGCAGUCAUUGGAAAUACCAGGUGGAGAACAUGCGAGGAGGUCUAUGCUGAAUGACAGCAACGAGCCACUUGCGUAUUACUACAGCGAUGCACGCACAAUGUAUGAGGUGUUCCUACGAGGGCUCAGAGUGUCAAAUGAUGGACCUUGUCUCGGGUCGAGGAAACCGAACCAGCCGUAUGAGUGGCAGUCUUAUAGAGAGGUGGCAGACAGAGCGGAGCACAUUGGCUCAGCUCUCCUUCACAGAGGACAUUCUCAUACGGGGGACAAGUUUGUCGGUAUUUUUUCCCAGAACAGACCAGAGUGGACCAUUUCAGAGCUGGCCUGUUACACAUACUCGUUGGUGGCUGUCCCACUGUAUGACACACUCGGCACAGAGGCCAUCAGCUACAUUAUCGACAAAGCUUCCAUUUCAACAGUGAUCUGCGACGUACCCGAAAAGGCUCGGAUGAUGCUGGACUGCGUCAGUGGAAAAGGGCGGACGAUAAAGACGAUUGUCCUCAUGGAGGCGUUUGAUGCUGAACUGGUGACACGUGGACAGGAGUGUGGCAUUGAGAUUAUGAGUUUGAAGGAGUUUGAGGCCUUGGGGAAAGCCAACCACCAGAAACCUUUGCCCCCUACACCAGAGGACCUCGCAAUUAUCUGCUUUACAUCAGGAACCACGGGAAACCCAAAAGGCGCAAUGCUAACUCAUGGAAGUGUGAUCUCCAAUACUGCAGCUUUCAUUAAAGUAACCGAGAUACACUGCAUGCUGGACCUCCAUGACAUUCAUGUGUCCUACCUCCCCCUAGCUCACAUGUUUGAGAGGGUUGUACAGGGCGUCAUCCUCAUCCAUGGGGCUCGAAUUGGCUAUUUCCAAGGAGACAUUCGACUUUUGAUGGAUGAUUUGAAAACACUGAAGCCAACAGUCUUCCCUGUGGUCCCACGUCUCCUCAACCGCAUGUUUGAUAAGGUUUUUAGUCAAGCCAACACACCGCUGAAGAAAUGGCUGCUUGAUUUUGCUUUCAGGAGGAAGGAGGCAGAGCUUAAAAAUGGUGUGGUUAGAAAGGACAGCAUGUGGGACAAACUAAUCUUCAAAAAAGUACAGGCGAGCCUGGGCGGCCGUGUGAGACUCAUGAUCACAGGAGCAGCUCCAGUGUCUCCAACCAUCCUGACGUUCCUACGAGCUGCACUGGGCUGUCAGUUUUAUGAAGGCUACGGUCAGACUGAAUGCACAGCCGGGUGCACCAUGUCCCUUCCCGGGGACUGGAGUGCAGGUCACGUCGGGCCUCCUUUGCCCUGCAAUGCUGUCAAACUGGUGGAUGUGCCAGAAAUGAACUACUUUGCAGCCAAUGGAGAAGGAGAGGUGUGUGUCAAAGGACCAAAUGUUUUCCAGGGAUACCUGAAAGAUCCUGAGAAAACAGCAGAGGCAAUCGACCAGGACGGGUGGCUCCACACAGGAGACAUUGGAAAAUGGCUUCCUAACGGUACCCUGAAGAUCACUGACAGAAAGAAGCACAUUUUCAAGCUGGCACAAGGAGAAUACAUCGCCCCUGAGAAAAUAGAAACCAUCUAUAACCUCAGUGAUCCAGUGGCACAGAUAUUUGUUCAUGGCGACAGCUUACAGGCGUGCCUGGUGGGGAUAGUGGUACCUGACCCUGACUUUUUACCUAUUUGGAUCAAGAAAAAAGGGUUUGAAGGAUCCUACUCUGAACUGUGCAAAAACAAUAAUGUGAAGAAUGCCAUUCUGGAGGACAUCCUGAGGUUGGGCAAAGACGCAGGACUCAAGUCUUUUGAGCAGGUGAGAGAUAUCGCAUUACAUCCUGAGUUGUUUUCCGUCCAGAACGGCCUGCUGACACCCACCCUGAAGGCCAAGAGGAAUGAGCUUCGGAGCCACUUCAGAGAGCAAAUUGAUGAACUCUAUGCCAAAAUUAAGAUGUAAACUGUCUAUCGAGGAGUGCUGUGGGGUAGGUGACAAUCAUUCAGAGCAAGCAGCCAGAACCAAAUAGUUUGUAGAGGAGGAAUUCCCUCAAUUUUUCUGCCAGUGACAAUCCUCAGAAUUUUGAGGGAAUUAGUUUCAAACAAACUGAGUAAAUGAGAUUGAAGUACCUAAUGUCCCAGCUUCGUCUCACACUUGUACCACUUAAUCUUCCUAAAUCAGUCCAGAAAAUCCCAAACAAACCAUUGUGUGUUACUGGUGUAAUGUAUCUAUAAAGUUAGGAUUAGGAACCACACAGGGGGAAAUUAUGUGACUUGCUCAUGCCUUAAAUGCCAUUAAGCCUGACUCCUUCACAGUCAGAAAGGUCCAGCCCCUGAAAAUAUUUUUGCUUCUUUUUUUGUUUUUAAAUUCUUGGGGAAAUUCAGUAAAAAAAAAAAGAAAAAAAAAUCAGAUAAACAAGCUUUUACAUUGGUGACAAAUAUCAACUAUUUAUAUAUCAGACUAUUUAAUGCUGUCUGUAAUCUAUUUAAGUUGCUAUUUAAUGUAAUCAUCAAACAUGUAAAUAGUGUAUCUGCUUGAAAAGUCUAUUUGUACGCAGGGUGCCUGAUGUUCUGUAGCUGUGAUUGCCUGCAUUCCCUUGUUUCUCAGUCUAUAGGCUAAAGGACUGAUAAACCUGUUUUAGUGCACAAUGUAGUUGAUAGCCUAUUGGGAAUCUUGUUGGUUGACAGAAUUUUUGUUCCUAUUUGGUUGUUUUUGUUUUCUUUUUAAAUAUUGCAUGGAAAAUAGUGAAUCUUAGUAUACUGUACAGUAGCUCCUUCAGUGCCACAAGUUGCAGGAUCAAGCUGCAUAAUGUAAUUUGUAAAAUGCACAAAUCUUCUUGGGAAGUAUAUGUGUAUCACAGUUCAUUUAAAGAAAACUGUUUUUGCAAAAUUAAUUCCACAUCUUCAUCAAGAUUUCACAUAAAUUUUUUCACUUACAGUCUUGUGAAACUACUGGAGCACCAUUUCAGCAAUUUGGUUGCGAAUUCAAAUUUUUGAUUGCAUUAUGAUCAUUACGUACAUUGCAUUGUGUCGAGGACUCCUCAACGGUUAAAGCCAUAUUGUUGUUGCUGUUGUUUUUUAACGUUUAUGAUAUCAAAAGGACAAAGAUGCUGUUUUUGUGCUGGAGUUAUAAGUACAAUAUCUUUAUCUGUCAGCUGUACCAAAUAAAUAUUUUCUCCAAAA